CAAAGAGUUGACAACUUUAUCACAGAAGAGAUCGUAUUUGAACAGAGAGCUUMGAUAUGGGAAAUGUAACGGUAACGCCUCGCAAUACAACCAACUCAACAAACUACUCAAUCCCCGUAAUUAGAAAGAAAGGUCCAUCCAUMCCUCCUUUUCGAGGACCGCAAACACUGCAAGCCGUUCAAACUCAGGCAGCAUUUCUUCUGUUCCUUGUGGCAGCCGCGGUAGCCAUCAACAUCAUUAUGAUAAUUCUGCUGCAAAAAAGGUUCAAGUCCUUGCCUUAUAUUAUGCUACAGAACAUAGCGAUUGUAGACAUGCUGACAGUAGUUAUGGCCGGUCCUCUGUUCCUCGUUGGUGUCCUCCUCGACCAGUUUGGCCUGAUUCUACAAACCAUUUGUAAUGUUCAAGGAUUUUUCCUCUCUUCUCUGUGCGCUGUGUUUCUCAAUACAGUAAGCUUGGUUGCUAUCAGCAGGUGCCUGGCAGUACUCAAACCGUCUCUCUAUCAUAAGAUAUUUGUUAAUAAGAUCAUCAUCCGUCUGCUGCUUCUAGGAAUAUGGUCAUCAAGCGCUUUGCUGAGUACCCCUCCAAUGAACUACAAAGAGGGUUGGGGUGCGUACCGUAGGCUCGAGUCGACGUGUUGGUUGGCUUGGUUACCCGACCAAAAAAGUGCUAUGGCUUACAAUGUCAUAGUAACGAUGGUAACGCUGGGCGUGGCAAUAACCUUCAGUGCCCUGGCAACUAAGGUCGUGUUCUCUGCUGGAAGCAAAGUGAUACCAUCAGAACCGGUAAUGUCUAGCAUAGUUGGUACAUCGUAA